AUGCCUCGUGCCAAGAAAAACGCAACCACGACCGAGUUAGUCGUAAAGCCUCCACGCAAGAAGCCUGGCCCAGCGCCAAAACCACUAUCAGAGCGCGUCUACAAACCGGCCAAGCCAAUCCAGCGCAUCGAAAACAGCUACUCACAGAGAAGAAAGGAAGAGGUUCUCUUGUAUCUUCUUAAUCACACCAUUUACGACCCUGACAGUUGGAAGUCGGUCAACUGUUAUAGAAAACCCUUCCAGCGAGAUGCCUCAAAGCAUUUCAAGAUACCAGAGGCCACCAUACAUACUUGGUGGAAGAAUAGGACAUCUAUCCUGAACAGGGAGAAGAAGUCAAGGAAGAAGAAGGGCUCAAAGGGCCCACCCGUCUCAGAAGCGGGAGAAACAGCACCGCCAGAGACAGACACAACAGAGUCAGAACCAGCAGACCCAGGGGCAGAGAGCCCAGCCGCAGACAACGAGGGCAACACCGGGUCAAGUGAGAUCCAGGAUGGAUGA